AUGGCUCGUGGAGAAGCAAAACAGACCAGGAUUUACUUCAAGGGCAAAGAGAACGAGUUUGUUGUUUUUGUUGACAAUCCGGAAGCCGUCGAGACGUGGAAAGCGGAUCAGACCACCCCUCUGGUACAAGUUGUUAAGGCAUUUGAGAUCUUUGUUACUCAAAGGCACGGAACUCAAGGACAACUACUUGUAGCCUCGAAUGCACUGCUCGACGAAGAGUUUGGGACCAACGAUCAGGAGGAAAUUAUCAGGGCGAUUCUAGGAAAUGGUCUUCUGCAAGAGAAAUGGGACGCAGAGAGACAAGGCUCUAGAAACGAUAGUAUUGGCCCACGAGGUGGUCAUUAG